AUGCCCAUAAUCGAUUUUUGCCGGCAGACAAUAUUUUCUGGGAAAAUAUUUUUUCUCCAUCUCAAUCUUUUUCAACCACCCGUUGGUAGUGAUCAAAAUGAAGAUGAACAACAACGUCGAUUCAAUACCCUUGUAACUCGUAUCUAUAUAGUUCUUCUCACAUGUCUUCUCAUUUAUCUUGGUCUUUUUAUACAUGCAGAUGUGAAAGAGAUAACCGAGAAACGAGUUAAUCCACCUGAAGUAGAAUUGGAUAGCUAUCCUGCCGAUACAGAAUGUCCUUGUUCUUGUAUUUCACUCUUAUAUGGUGAUUUUAUUUCAUUAAAACCGAUUUUACAUCAAAUAUGCAAGAGUGAUUUUGUGUCUGAUCGUUGGAUUAAAGCCAUCUACUCUGGCUCGAACGUGACAUAUUUCAAUCUAAAUGACUUUCGAACUUUCGGUAACGCACAAUUCCAAGCAUUAGCCGGUUUUUGUGAUCAAUCAAAAUCUUAUCUUCAACAAAAUAUUGAGUUAUUUGAAAAACGCACGUUUAUCAGUUCAGAGCUUUUGUCAAGGAGUGUUUUUCAAGAAGAGAUUGAUUUAGCUAUUACUCAGUUUCAGCAGACUAUAUCUCGAGCAUUUGCAACUGAAUUAGAACUAAUCCUUCGAGUAAUAACUAGCAACCGACUUGUAUCUGGUCUUCAAACAAACUUUAUCAUAUCAUACGACCGCGCUUGGCCCCCUGAAAUUAACCCUGCUGAAUAUAAUGACAGAAAUAAUGAAUUUUGUAGUUGUGCUUCGGAUUCUCGAUGUACUUCUAAUGCUAUCUUUAGUGACAUAUUCGGAGCACCAACACAGUAUCAUUCCGGCAAUCAAACAAAACUGACUGGGUUAGCAUCAGGCUGUUUGCCAGUGACUUCGAUUCUUGCAUCGACACUUGAAUGUUUUUACAAUCAGACAUGUGUGAACACUCUUGUUUCAAUAUUUUCAACAAAAGAAAAUUUCUCAGCGAUGAUAAGGAAUAAUCGUAGUCGUUUCGGUCCAUAUGCAACCGUGCAAUCAAUCGUCGACAAGCUGAUGGUAGAAGAUUGGCUCAUGAAUGUAUCUUACGAAAAGUAUCGCGAUAACUGUGCACCUCUUUCUUGCACUUAUCCAAAAAAACUGAGAAAUAGUUUACUUGAUGUGAUGGCACAACUCAUUGGUUUACUCAGCGGCUUAAUAGCCGCACUGCGACUACUGCUUCCGAUUAUUGUUCGAUUCAUCAUGAAUAAACUAAAUAACGUACAAUCUCCACCAUCUACACUGACUCGUAAGUAA